AGCCAAUCAGAGCUGAGGAUGCGUUUAAAUGUACAGGGUCCUCCGGCCGGCCAGGCUGCAUGAAAACACCAUGACAGGGCAGCGGUUGACGUGAGAAAUCAGCCCCCUGGCCCUCUAACCCAGAUAUAACCCGGAGGGGGACAAUAAUAUCACCCGCGCUCCUCAGACAGGAUGGAAAUCCCCAAUGAGAAAGAUUGGAUUACUGUUGCCAAUGAUCUUCUUAGCAAGUGCCAUAUCAAUCGGAGGGUGGCAAAGCUCUGUGAAUGUGACGCAAGCAUGUUUGUUGCACUUUAUGAAGCUAUUCUCGGUGAAAAGGUCCCAGAUUACAUUGCUACCCCCAAAAGCCAAGAAGAUGAUGCCCAUAAUGUACAAGCUGUGAUAGAUUCAUUGGCUUUGGAUUACUUGCAAAUCAGUUUGUCUCACAUAACCGGAGAGAAUAUUAUUCAGAAUAACAAAGAAAGUAUCCGCAAUCUGUUGGAAAUAUUUGAUGGUUUACUGGAAUAUCUCACAGAACAGAUAAGUGAGGCAUCCUCGCAGCCUGAUGAUCCUGACCUCCUAUCCAGUGAAGCAAUAUCUGUAAUUAGAGGUGUACUUCAAGAGGAGCUAGGAGCCUCACAUAAAGAAAAUUUACCUGGAACAGGAGACCACUUGUCAAAAGACUCAUCAUCUUCAGUUCCUACGUGGGAUGGAGGUGGAUCUGAAUCCACUAAUGAACUCAUUCGACUUGGUGAAUCUGCUUGUACAUAUAGCCACAGAGUGGGUACAGACCUACCUGAAAUUCGAUGGAGUAGUGGCCAGCAACCAGAAAAACAGUUGAAACUGGAGACCGGAAGGGAAAAUGGGAUUUGCUCGUUUCCUGCUGGCUCUGUCGUUCGACACGAUGCUAAUCAGGAAGAAAUUCUGAAAUCGGGAAAAGAGUCUCCAGCUAUCUUGCCUCCUGCAACUCAUUCCACUGGACCAAACACUAAUGCGCUGCAGCUUGGGGAACCUAUUCGGCCUGCUAUUCCUUUGCAGUCCCCGUACCACCCCGCCAAGUACAAGUGUCCAGUCCAAGGGGCGAAGUUGCUCAGUUCUCAGCCCAGCUCCCAUUCUGUGAACACGGUUAUGGUCAAUCCAGAAGGUCGUAUUGAUUCCCAGAGAAAAAGUCCAAUCCUUGCCAAAGGACCAAAAGUGGAAUCAGCAUCUAAAGGACAUAAUGUUUCAGAGAGAAGUGAAAAAUGUUCUACAAACAAGUCACUAUCAAGUUUCCCCUUGGGUUCCUUAAAGGAAAGUGCACUACAGGAGUUGCAAGCUGCAGGAGAGGUUUCAAAGAGGAGCUCUGAGUUGCAGUACAUGACAGGAACUAAUGCAGCAAAUUCUGUCAGUGUUCAGAAGCGAGUUGCAUUCCAAACAGAACCAGAUAUCAGAAUGUUGACUUUGCAGAGUAAAACUGAUCAAUGGGAUCAGCUGUUGGAGGAAGAAGAGGUGACAAGCCAAUGGGAGGAUUUGGCCGCACGAGGCUCCAGCCGGAAUGACAUUAGCAAUGAAGAAAAUUCCUUUUCAAUUAACCAUAAGGAUCAAACUGAUCCAAGUGUUUCAUUUCGAGAUGAACCUCUUUCUCACCGAAGAGCCAAGAAUAUUCUCGCGGAGGAGGAGCUGCAUGAAAUGUCUGAGAACCUGUCCCAGAAACUGCGUCAACUCGAUCUGAUGCUGAAACGGGUACUGAAUAACAAAUGUGAAGUUCAUGAUCUUAAAGAAGAAGAUAAAUUAUCACAGCACAGUGACAGCAUCACAGAAUAUCGAAGAAUUCAUCGUUUGCCAGUGAUGCCACUUCUCAGGAAGCCAGCACGUGCCCGAGCACGCUCGCUCUCACCAUCGCCCCCUCGGCAAACACUACUGGCUGACUUUGAAGAUGCUCUCAAUAAGGAUUCAAAGGGUGAAAUGCGGAAAAUUCGCAGAGAGCUGCAGCAGGAAAUGGACCUGCAAAGGAUGAAAGCAAAGGUGGUGAAUGAACAUUACAAAGAAGAACUGGAAAACUACAAGAAAAAAGAGAAAGCAAAAAUUGGAAAAGAAAAGUCUAAAGUCAAGAAAACAGAACAAGAAUAUAAAGAAAAUAUCUUCAAAGAGACUCCAAGAACCCCUCAGCCAGAGAGAGUUUACUCUGCAAAAACCACACCACGAAAGCCAAAGCACGGCCAGUGGACACCAGCAGGAGUGGUGAAGCCAAGGAAAGCAACACCAAUGAAGAUACAUGAUAACGACCUCCUUCCUUUGCUGCUUGAGGAGUUCCCCUACCUUUCGGUCUCUCCACACACAAUGAACCGAAUGUGGAAGCAGCAGCUCAGGCAGAUAGAGCAGCUGACUAGGUCCAGUUCUGAGCAAGACCGGAGCCAAGCUAAACUCCAGUCAGCUAUUGAAGACGCACAGAGAAAGCACGAUCUGCUGAUGGACAUCAUUAAAAAAGAACAGGAUCACAACCAGCGGCUGAAAGAGUUUAAGGAACGAAUCCGGCACCAGAAGUUGGCCCAAAACAAGAUGAAGGAACAGAGGCAGCAGAUUGCUCGUGCCAAGAAAUACUACAACGACUAUCAUGUCCAGCUCCAUGCAAAGAUGAUGAGAGCAAGGACUCGUGAAGAAAGGAUUUUCAAGAACUUGUUUGAAGGGGGCUUGGAGAUUCAGAAGCAGAGGCUGCGUGAGUUGAAGGCUUAUACCAAAGAGAAAAGAGAGGAGCACAAGAAGCGACAACAGGAGGAGUUGGAGUCGAUGGAGAAUUAUUAUCGAGAUCAGUUUUUAAUGCUGGCGGAAACUCUGGCACAAGAGCGGCAGAAAGUUCACAUGCGAGAGGCAGCACAGAACAAGGCCCUCCAGAAGCUGAAGAAUGAGCUACGUGUAAAGAUGGAGAAGGAGAUCCGAGAGCUGCAGGAAAUGAUUACAUGUGAUGAUGACGAUGUGUACUUCAGAGAACUGGAGGCCGACCGUGCCCAGCGCCAGCUGCAGAUGGCAUCGUUUCAGUACAGCAAGACCCCAACACUGUAGACAUCUGCUAAUGGUCAACCAAGUCCUGCAUUUUUUUUAAAAGAAAGGGCUCAACUAAUUCAAAGCACAACCAUAUGUUCCUAAAGUUCAGAGAUACACAAGUGGAUAUGCAUUGAACUGCAGUAGGGUGAGAUCAUGUACUCUGCCACUGACACUCUUGCUAGACUUGUCUUUUAACAAACUCUUUUAAAAACAAAUUACUGAUAAUCUGAAGGUCAGUUUUACCUCUGUACAGUCCAUGAAGACUGUAUGAUACUGUCUGCUGAGAUGUUUUAGUAUAAAUACUACUUUGAUUAUUACUAUUCUUCCAAGAUCAAUACUGAAUUAGUUAUCAGUUUUUCUGUUGGAUCUCAGCUACUUGAUCAUCUUCAGCACUCAACAUGGUUGCGUACACAAUAUCCCUGUCUGACACUAAUACUGCAAAGCCCACGUAUUCCAAAAUUACUUUGUACAUUUAUCUUGUACAGUGGAUAACUAGACUGGAAUAUUGAAGGAAGUUACAUUAACAAUUUUUCUAUGCAAUCAUGUUUUUUUGAAACUAUGUUCUAAUUUAUUAAAAUUUUUGCUACCUAAAUAUUUCAAAGUAAAUGCUCUGUGUGAUUUGGUUCUAAGUUUAUUUUUACUUCUUAGUUUUUGCCAAAAAAAACAAGUAGGGACAUUGCUUUAUUGUAAUGUGCAUUAAUUUGAGAUGCUAAGUAAUCACCAAUCAUUCUACUCACAGCUCUGUACAACUUUUAAUAAAACUACACCAAGCCCAUUGAAAUCAACUAGAUUAAUCCUGAACUAUUGAUCUGAACAUAUUUAAGUUGUCUGACUUGAGUGAUACCAGAAUCAGGUUUAUUAUCACUGGCACGCGUCAUGAAAUUUGUUAACUUAGCAGCAGCAAUAGUUCAAUGCAAUACAUAAUAUAGAAGAAAAAUAAAUAAGUUGCAGUAUAUGUAUAUUUGAAUAGGUUAAAAUAGGUUAAAAAUUGUGAAAAAACAAAUAAUAUAUAUUUAAAAAGUGAGGUAGUAUUCACAGGUUCAAUGUCCAUUUAGGAAUCGGAUGGCAGAGGGGAAGAAGCUGUUCCUGAAUCGCUGAGUGUGUGCCUUCAGGCUUCUGUACCUCCUAUCUGAUGGUAACAAUGAGGAAAGGGCAUGCCCUGGGUGCUGGGAUUCCUUAAUAACGGAUGCUGCCUUUCUGAGACACUGCUCCUUGAAGAUGCCCUGGCUACUUUGUAAGUUAGUACCCAAGAUGGAGUUGACUAAAUUUUAUAACCCUCUACAGCUUCUUUUGGUCCUGUGCAAUAGCACCCCACCCCCCACCACUUACCAGACAGUGUUGCAGCCUGUCAGAAUGCUCUCCGUGGUACAUCUAUAGAAGUUUUUGAGUGUUUUUGUUGACAUCCCAAAUCUCUUCAAACUCCUAAUGAAAAACAGCUUUGAUCAACUUUGCUUUUAAAACUUGGACAGUUGUUAAAUGUUGGCUUUGUUAAUUUUGAAACGGAGGAAAUUAAGGAAAGAUCUGGGCUUGGCAAGUGGAGGUGGGGGUGAACUCAUCUGCUGAGAUGUU